AUGGGAAACUUAUGUACCCAUAACAGCAACCCGGCAGCUGAAACAGCUGAUCCUGAUCAACUAUUCCUAAGCGAAAAUGAUGAUAAUCAACAAAUAAUUACUAUAGCUGCCCCAAAUCAAUCGUCAAUGGACUACCGAGAGGAAGAAGCACGUUUACAGAGCUAUAGUAGUUGGCCCUUGAGGUAUAUGGACCCAAUUAGAAUGGCAACUGCUGGAUUUUAUUACACUGGCCAAGGUGACAAGGUCAAAUGCUUUGAGUGUGGCAUUUCAAUAAGCGAAUGGGAAGAAGGUGACAACCCACUAUCAGAUCAUCAACGGUGGCAGUCCAAUUGUCGAUUCAUCAGGAGUUUACGAUGCGGGAAUGUACCCCUUGGAGUAAACCCUAGUACGGUCUUAAUCCCAAGUAUUAGACGUCACUAUGGAGACGAAUUUCGACCUAACGCAGUAUCGGGCUUGGAACCAAAUACACCGCCCGCUCGUCUGAUCGAGAUUGGUGACUUAAAGGAAGUCUUCCACAACAUUCCAAAGCCAGAACAUCCAAAUUUCGCGCGUACAAAGGAUAGAUUAGAGAGUUUCAAACACUGGCCUGUCUCAAUGGCACAAACCAAGGAGCAACUCGUUGAAGCCGGGUUUUAUUAUGAAGGAUUUGGAGACCGAACAAUUUGUUACUAUUGCGGAGGUGGACUAAGCGACUGGGAACCUGAAGAGGAUCCAUGGAAACAACACGCAAAAUGGUUCAAGAAUUGUCAUUUUGUGUUGAUAAUUAAAGGUCAAGAUUUUAUUGAUGACAUUAUAAGGAAACCUGCUACCCCGCAUAAACAGGAGGAAGCGAGACAAGUUAUACAAAGGCGGUCAAAGGAGCGUUAUUCGACAAAGGAAGGAACGUGA